CCACAUUGCCGCACGUCCUCACGCCCUGCCAUGUCGCUCGCCGCCCUCUUCGCGCCGCGCAGUGCGCGCUCGACGGCGGGCCUGCCCUCGCUCGCUGCGCUGCCCGUGCUUGCGUCGAGCUCGCAGCCGUCGUGCCCCUCGCUCCUCCGCGCGCUGCGCCACUUCCUCCUCUCCGACGCGCCGCUGUCGCCCGACAGCGUCUACACGCAGACGCAGCGCCUCGUCGCCGCCGGCCAGGCGUCGGCGCUGAGCGACGGCGUCAGGGCAGAGCUGUCACGCGCAGUGCUGCGCACCCGCGACGCCGCUGCCCUCGGCGGCAUGCCGGCGCUGCUGACGGCAUGGCAGGCCUGGACGGCGCGCAGCCGUCUCGUUGCAGACAUGUUCCUCCCGCUCGAUGCGCUUCAGCCACACUCGGAUCGCAUCGAGGCCGUCUGCGCCGAGCUCUUCAAGGAACAUGUGCUGCUGCACGCUCCGCUGCUGCAGAGCACGCUCGACGCACUGGGUGCGCAGCUGAGCGCCGUGCGGUCGCUCACGCACACGAGCGGCGCAGCCACCGGCUCUGUCACGAGUGCGGACCACGAGAAGCAGAUCGAGGCGCUCGCGGCGCUAUUCACGACGCUCGACAGCCAGGACAUCUUCGCCGAGUCGCUCGUGCAGCACACGGCCGCCGACUACGCGCGCGAGGCUGCUCGUUUCGCGCCGAGCGCUUCUGACGUCGUGGAACAGGAGCGUCCGGAGGCGAUGGAGAUCACUGUGUUCUUGCAGCACGUGGCUCGCAGAGUCCAGGAGGAGCAGGCGCGUGCCAUGCGGCUGCUAGCCACUGGCAGGGAAGACGUGGUGCACGCAGCGAUGAAGGAGCUGUUGGGCGGCGACGGAGAAGGCCUGAUCUCGCACCUGCCGUCGCUUCUCUCCUCGCCGGCGACGUCCGCACUCCGCACGCUCUACGCUCUGCUUCAACGAGUCUCGCCUGACGCACUGUCGCCUCUGCGGACCGCGUGGGCAAAGGUCACGCGCGAGCUGAUUACUUCCGCCCUCGGCACGAGCGGUAGUGCAGGCUCCGAAGGCACGAUUCCUGCGCUGCUCGAGCUGAAGCGCAAGCUCGACCUCGUGCUCAGCGAUGCAUUCGAGAAGGACGACAAGAUGCGCCAUGCGCUGCAGGAAGCCUUUGAGCAGCUGCUCAACACCAAGGGCAACAGUGUCGCAGAGGACGUCGCCAAAUUCUUGGACGCCAAGCUGCGCAGUGGAAACAAGACGAUGUCUGACGCGGAGAUGGAGCGGACACUCGAUGAGGCACUGGAACUGUUCCGCUAUACGCACGACAAGGACAUGUUCGAAGAGUUCUACAAGCGACUCUUCGCCAAGCGUCUGCUGCUCAAUCGCUCUGCCUCGUCCGAUGCUGAGCUGAGCAUGCUCCUCAAGCUGAAGCGCGAGUGCGGCGCCGCGUUCACCGACAAGCUCGAGACGAUGCUCAAGGACAUGAGCGUCUCGGACGACAUCAUGAAGUCCUAUGCGCUGGUGCAAGACAAGGCCACGCGACAGGGAGAAGGCGAGCAGUUCGAGCUCUCGGUGCACGUCCUCACCGCCGCUCAGUGGCCCACGUAUCCGCCCGUCGAUCUGCGUCUCCCCGCCGACAUGUCUGCGUCGCUGGAGCGCUUCCGCACCUUCUACACCGGAAGGAACGCAGGCCGGCGAGUGGCGUGGGCGCACUCUCUCGGCACGCUCAGCCUGAAGGCGGUGCUCCCUCGUGCUGGCGAGAAGGAGCUGCACGUCUCGCUCUUCCAGGCACUGGUACUGCUGCUCUUCAACGACGAGGAGCGCCUGUCGUUCGGACAGAUCCGGGAGCGGGUCGGGCUGGAAGAGAAGGAGUUGCGCCGGACCCUGCAGUCGCUGGCAUGCGGCCAGAUCCCCACGCGCGUUCUGCGCAAGGAGCCGCAGGGCAAAGACGUCAACGACAGCGACGAGUUCGUCGUCAAUCCGUCGCUCAAGAACGAGCGCGGCCGCAUCAGAAUCAACCAGAUCCAGAUGGCCGAGACGGCCGAGGAGCAGACGUCGACGCGCGAGCGCGUCAUGUUCGACCGCAACAUGCUCCUCGACGCGGCGGUGGUGCGCAUCAUGAAGGCCAAGCAGACGCUGCCGCACAACCUGCUCGUGCAGGACGUCGUCGGCGCGACGAAAGACCGCUUCGCGCCGGAUGUCAAGGAGAUCAAGGCACGCAUCUCGUCGCUCAUCGAGCGCGAGUACAUGGAGCGCGUCGACGGCGAACGCGGCGUGUACCGCUACGUCGCAUGAGCACGUCUUCGAGACACACAAGUCGCGCACGCCGAGCACAUAUGACAAUGUCCCUCUGCCGAUGUGCGUGUGCCUCAGGCCGUCUCUGCCUCGAGCGCAGCGAGCCCGCCUCCGCGUCUGAAGAAGGCCUUUUGCUGUGCGCAGACCGGGUUCACGCAGCCCGGGCAGCGCAGGCCCAUUUGCGUGGAGCAGUUGCCUCUGUCGGAGGCGCGAGAGGGAGCGCGAAGCGGUCAGCACCCUGCAUCGCCGAGCGCAGGACGUACCGCUUACUCACUGCGCGAAGGGAUAGGCUGCGUUGCGUGCGCCGUUGGCGUCGGCGGAGGUGGAGAGAGACUGCAGGUGCUGCUGGGCUAUGUCCGCUACGACAGUCUGCAGCGUCAGCGGAGUGACCGAAAGGACGAG